AUGUCGCCUUCAAGGAUAAACAAAAUAAAAUCUGAACGGAUUCCAGUUUCUAAGGCGGAUAUUAAUACUGUCAUAAGAAUUUCCUUUCUUCAUCAUCAUAAACGUUCUCAAGCCUUCAUACACGGAGAAGUUGUAUCGAUCACAUUUAGACUUUUCACCUCUGUCUUCGAAUUCGUUCAGAAUUACAGUCAAUUUUCAGUUUUCAAAGGGACUUGCAAUCAUCUGAAUUCGCGUAGGUUAUCACAGCUUGGAAAGUUGUUGGAAGGCGUCAAAGAAAAACGCAGGGAAGGGGAGUUUCCGUCUACCUGUGCCUUGUUCGUGUGCAACAAGUGGGACCAAAUUCCAGGGAAAGAAGCUAAAGACGUUGAGAACCAUGUUAUCAGACAACUGAGAAAGUUCUACCCUGACAUUGUUCCAGAAAAGCAGAUUGUCCAAAUGUCAACGAAAAAAGCCAGCAUCGCUCAAAACCACGGCAUCAUAACAAAAGAUUUCGUCGCUCUAAUGGACUGCAUGAGAUCCAUGAUUCUGAGGGGCAUCAAAGCCAGGCUUGAAAUCUAUUGGAGAAAAGUAAAGCAUCCAAACGUGGUCAAUUUUCAUGGCAUGUCGCUUCUGAAGGAUGAUGGUGAAACCCGCGUAGUACUAGUCAUGGAAUACUGCACCGGAACUUUGAAGGAUCGCAUCUUUAAAAAUCCAGAGAGAGCUCCCGCCAAUUCCAAGAAUGCUGAUGCCAAAAGAGACCCCUGUCGAUGGAUAAAACAGAUAACUGCUGCCCUGACAUUUAUUCAUGAUCAAAAAGUAGUUCACAGAGAUCUCAAGUUGGACAAUAUACUGCUGUCAGCAGGAAAUGUAGCGAAGAUUACCGACGUUGGCGUUUCCAAGGCUGUGGAACAUAUCACAGGAACUUUGGCGGGAACACCUGUUUAUAUGGCGCCAGAAGUGUUUCAUUCUCAACUGUAUGACAGCAAAGCAGACAUGUACAGUCUUGGGAUAAUUUUUUGGGAGAUGUGGUAUGGACUGCAAGCCUUCAGUGAAGUCCGUAACGUACCAAUUGUAGCUUUCUUUGCCAUGGUGGACAAGGGCCUACGCCCAGGACAUGUGAAAGGUUGUAAUCAGCCCCCACGCCGCUGGGAAGAGUUGAUGCAGAGUUGCUGGAGCAAAAAACCAGAGAAACGCCCAUCAGCCUCACACUGCCUUAAGGAAGCCAUUGAACUUUAUAAAGAGGCCGUGCCGGAACUCCUGUAACUGUUGGUGCAUCUCAAUAUAUUACCUCAGCGAUCAGUUUUAAGAGACCUUGACUGAGUGAAUAACACGCUAAUUGUUACUCAAAGAAUUAUGCCAACUAAACGUAAAUUGGAGUGUUUUCUCGGCUUUGCAUUCAAAAUACUUUGUAAAUAUGAUAUUUAUGUACAUAUUCAGAGGCUUAAAAGAACAAGUCAUUGGAUCAUCAUCCAAAUUUAAUUACGAAAGAUGAUAACGAAAGGCAAUUCUUCUUCUUGAGAGCUUAUAGUUGAUAAAUUGAAAAGGCUGUUGCGACUUUUCUGUAGGAUACAGGCCGAUAUUAAUAUUUACAGGAAUAUUUGCAGAUUCUCACUUAGUCAUUAGAACUUCUAAAGCGUAGCCUUAACAAAAGAAAAGAAAUUGUAUAAUCACGUCCAGGUUAUUUUUUGGUGACCUCAAAUUAAGGGAAGCUUUUUUUUUUCUCAGUGGCGUGUUAUUAUUUUUUUUUUUUGCCUGUUUGUUUUUUCAGGCUGUGUAACGCGUUUCCAAGAUCAGACGAGUAGGCCAUUCUUUUUUUUAUACGCAAAAAUCCGCUUUGCAUACGUGAUGUAAGGGCCUAUAUAUAUGACAUUGCAACUAAAUAUUAACUUACAUCACGUUAUCGAGAUAGCAGCGAAGUACUUGAGUGUCAUUAAAGUGAAAAAAGUUAUCUUAGGAUCAUUUUGUCUUUCUUAAGUUUUGUUCUGACUUUGGGUUGCUCAACCAACACGUCUCCACAACGAUUUUGCACAUCCCACAAAGGCCCAAGAGUUGGUGAGUUCCUUUGAUGUGACUUGAAUGUCCAUCUUUUAUUUGAUCUAGAAGCUGGAAUUGUGAAUAAUAGGUGAAAAUUUCUGUUUGAAAGGCUGUCCCUGCAUCUUCCAAAGUACCACACCAAAGCUAUACAUGUUAGCCAUUUUUCUAUCGUCGGAAGAAAAUUUUACUGAGUAUAUAUGUCACAGAUCUUCCCCAUUGGUUGGAUCCGGAGUACUCUUCAAGCAAAGAGAGAAAGUAAAGUAAUGUAGAAGAUGAAGAAUAUGGAGAAGCGUCAGGUUUUAAUGCUGAAAAUGUCGACCGCCGAUCGAACACUUCAUAGUUCUAAUGGAUCCUGACCAGCUGAUGGCGAAGAUCUGACACUAAAAUAAUCACUAAAAGUUUCUUUCAGACGAAAGCAAUAUAGCAUCAACAAGGAUGAGACACCUCACCACAAGUGCACCGAGGAACCCCGUCAUCAACCUAGAGUGCAUUUCGCACCAUUUAAGAUGGCGGUCGCGGGAAAUAAUCAGAUCUCUCCGUAGGGUUUUUUUUUUUUUUUGCUAGACCUAUUGAGAAGUACAUUUGGAACAUUUUGAGCUUAGUUUGUAGAAAUGGUGGGGAAUUCCUUUAAUGUAAGCGCCACCUUAUUGUCUGGUUGUCCUUCUCGCAAGAGAGCACUGGAAUAACAGUUAGCCGUGAAAGCCAUUACAACGUAUAAAUGGUGUUCAAAAAUUGCAAUUAUUUUCUGAGUAGUCCUUUACUUGUUAUUAGAUAUAGGAACCACAUAGUGAUCAUUACAAGCAAUGGAGCAAGAGUUAAUAACUAGAUAUGUCCCGAGAGCGGUUGAUAGCCACAAGUAUUGCCUGGAAGCGCAAAACAACUGUGUGCUUCGUUCUACAUGUAUUUAACGUUUCGAAACACAGCCCAAGAGUGGAACAGAGUGUAAUUGGUCGAAACAACUGCCAAAGUAUGUUAGGUGACAAUAGUCUUAAUUACUUUAGGGGGAAUGUAUCGGUUUUCCAUAUUUCCAUGAGUUUCUUUCUUCAUCAAAUUUUUUCCUCAUCAAAGAUUUCCUCCUGUCGGAGUGCUAUCGUGUUUGCAAUGAUUGCAUACCCGAAAGGUGAUUUCUCGAGAAUUUCAGUGUAGUCUAAGACACUCACAUCAGAAAAUCAAUCACGUAAAUUUUAUUGUUAAACAUUUCCUAAAUGUCCCUAACUUUGGAGGUUCUAAUUUGUCCAAAGGUAUCGAAAGAAGGAACGCUAUCCAAUGCAUUCCGGUUUUCAAAAUUUUUGUUGGUUUUUCAGAUUAUUUUCUCUUCAUUCUGUUUUACAAUAAGAAAAUCUUACAAACAACUCAAGCGGGUGCUAACAAUGGCACGCAUUUUUUUCGUUAAUCUGAAAAAAAGGCAAAGAGAAAUGUAUAGAAUUCAAUGUUUUUAGAAUGCUAAGUUUCUCUUUAUCUACAUUGGUAGAGAAUUCUUCAGAUAUACUUCAGGUAAGCCAAACAUUAGUUCAAAGUGACGACAUCUUGCCACUUGAAGGAUUACACUAAACCUUUUUUUGGUUUCAUAAUAGUAUAUUGUCCAGCUUUAAAUCUCUGUAAAAAACUUUUUGAUCAUGAAUAAAGGUCAGGGCGCAGUUAUCUGUUUUAUCCAUCAACAGGCGUUUCUCUAUUGGCAUCAGUAUUCUUGGAAUUAGCAGGAGCUCUUACUGCAUUAUUGACGAUGCGAUCCUUCAAAUUUCCUGUGCAGUAUUCUUGACUAGUAUUACGCGAGUUUCACUAUCAUCCUUCGAAGCGACGUGCCAUGAAAAGUGAUAACGUUUGGAUGCUUUAGUUUUCUGAUGAGAAAAAGCACAAAACUAUCAUUCCUCCGAAGAAGAUUGAAAAGAAAUACCCAUGCAGCAUUUCAAAAGAAGAAAAGUUGCAUUUCGUAUCUACAAUCAAUCAAUCAAUCCAUCAAUCUUUAUUUAGCCACGGAAUCCUUAUCACUAAUAAGUGGUUUUCAAAAGAGGCGCGCACAUGAAACUAAGACGUAAAAAUUAACCUUUAAUAAAUACUUAGAAGAAUUUUAACGUACAGUGUAUUAACCUAUAAUUUACAAUGUAUUAACCUAUAGUGUACAAUGUAUUAACCUAUAAUAAAAUCCUAGGUAGAAUAAACUUAAUGUACAAUAGCGGAAUAAAAACAAUUUAAAGUUGUGGCCUGCUUAGCCUCAGCUGACAGGCUGUUCCAUGUUACUGCGCCCCUAUAACUAAAGCUUUUCUUUGGGGCCUCAGUGUUCGGUCGCGGAAUAAAGAUGUUAUGUUGCGCAUCUCUGACAUUAUACCUGUGAAUAGUAUUAAUGCUAGCGAAUUUAUCGGACAAGUAAAUGGGUACCAGGUUAUUUUAAGUCUUAAACAUUAAAGAUUUCAGUUGCUUUGCACGUCUGUCAGCGAGGCUAUUCCAAUUAAAGGCGUGAAGAUUUGGGGCAGAUCUGGCAUUCCAGUUAGACCCUGUAAUUAUGCGUGCAGCCCUGUUUUAAAGUUUCUCUAAUUUUUGGCAAAUACCAUUACCAAUACAGCCUCAAACAGCACUGCAAUAAUCGAGAUGAGGAAGAAUCAAUGAUUUUUAAAUAGUAACAAGGGUACUCUGGGGACAUAUCGGUCUUGGCCUUCUCAGGGCAGCUAGUACUUUUGCAACUUUACCGAUGACUUCGGAGAUGUGAGCUUCCCACGAGAGUGUUUCAUCAACCUGAAUGCCUAAGCAUUUGUAACUAUUUGCUCUCUCAUUGAAUGCCCAUCAAGAGAAAUGUAUGGAUCGCUAGGGAGUAAAGAGAUUUUGUGCCUCGUACCUGUAAAUAGACAUUUAGUUUUGAGGACAUUAAGACUUAGACGGUUAGCCGGAAUCGAGCAAUUGCUUCAGAUUUCCCAAAUCAUGAGUCGGUUGAAAACAACUCAUUAGGGUCUUUGGAGACAAAUGUGAAAUGAGUGUCAUCAGCGUACAUUCUCACGUCUGAUCAGAGGUUACAUUUAGGGAGAUCAUUAAUA